AUGGCCCGUUGUGUUGUAUCAAGGGCUCCAAGUUGUGGAAUGGAAGAGACGGACUGGGGCCGCGAGGAUGAGGAAGACAAUAAGACCGUGAUCACAACAUGUUCUUGCGUCACCCUUGUACACAGUAACGUAUCCAACAGCAAAAUCGCCGCGGAGAACAAUGCUCUGAACAAAGACAUUGCUGCCGUCAAUAGUUGCCUCAGAAAACUUCAUCCACAUGCUCUGACUGUUAUGCUGAGAGUGGGAACCCUUGUUGCAACUGUUCGUGGCUACUGCCAAAAUCUUACUGCAAUUCGAGAUGACCGCAUCAUGGAGCUAGCUCAAGCCAUGAAGAACAAUGCCCUGAGCAGUGACAUUGCUGCCGUGAAUGAUGUCCUCGGGCGAAUGACUCACGUUGCUCUGAAUAGUAUGCUGAGAACGGAAACCCUUGUUAAAAAUGUUCGGUUCCUCUGCCCAAAUCUUACUGCAAUUCAAGACGAACGCAUCAACGAGCUAGCAAAAGCCAUCACCGCUCAAGCCAUCGCCGCCCAAGCCAUUGUUGACCAAGCCCAAGAUGGCAGUUCCCUCGGUAGCUCUAGUGGCCAUGGUCGUCGAGCUGCUGCUGGCACAUCUCGCUCCCGCUCGGAUGAUGAAAUUGCUGAUGUGGCGUCACUGGGUGGACAGGUAGAAGCUAGUCCAGAUGAAUUUCGUGUUGGAGCGGCAUCUACGAGCAGUGCAGUUGCGUCGGAUGUGCCGCCCGUUCAGAACUUGGAGCCGUUGCCCUUCCUUGGUCGGGACGAAACGAAAGGUGAGAGCGCGGUGGCGGUUACUGCAGCAAAUCCUCAAGCUGACAAUGGCAACUCCCAAGAAGACGGGGGGAAAUAUGAAGAGGAAGAAGAAGACAAAAAGCCACGUGCCAGCAAGAAGCCCAGACUUGAGUAA